ACAGGGGAUCAAACCUUCCCCUGCCCUGAAUGUGGAAAAUGUUUCAGCAGAAGCAGACACGAACGGGUCCACACCGGGGAGAAGCCAUAUUCAUGUUCGGAGUGCGGCAAAUCUUUUUCUCAGAAAAAUAGCCUUUUCACUCACGAAAGGACGCACACGGGCGCAAAGCCAUAUUCAUGUUCGGUAUGCGGAAAAUGCUUCAGACAGAGUUCAGCUCUCUCCACCCACGAAAGGACCCAUACGGGUGAGAAGCCAUACUCGUGUUCGAUAUGCGGCAAAUGUUUUACUGAGAAGGGAAAUCUGAUCACCCACAUGAGAUCUCACACAGGGGAGAAGCCCUAUUCAUGUUCUGAGUGUGGGAAAUGUUUUUCCAGGAGUUCAGGGCUUAUUAAGCACCAGAGGUGUCACACGGGAGAGAAGCCAUAUUCAUGUUUUGAGUGUGGGAAAUGUUUUAACGACCGUUCAGAUCUUGCUAAACACAGGAGAAUCCACACUGGGGAACGCCCCUAUCUAUGCACAGAGUGUGGAAAAUGUUUCAACAAAAGGGGAGGGCUUAUCGUACAUCUCAGAAGUCACACCGGAAUGAAGCAAUUUUCAUGUCCCCAAUGUGGGAAAAGUUUUAUUUACAAAUCCUCCCUUAGCAGACACAAACGGAUCCACACUGGGGAGAAACCAUAUUCGUGUUCGGAGUGUGGCAAAUCAUUUUCCCAGAGAAAUAGCCUUUUCACUCACGAAAGGACGCACACGGGUGCAAAGCCAUACUCGUGUUCAGUAUGCGGAAAAUGUUUUACUGAUAAAUCAAAUUUGGCCAGACAUGAGAGAGUCCACAUUGGUGAUCGCCCAUAUUCAUGUUCUGAAUGUGGAAAAGAGUACUCACACAAAGCCUCUCUUCUGUCACAUGUCAGUUCCCACAUAUAA